AUGCGCAUAAUAUACGCUUUCAAAAGUUUAAAAGUAGGUCGACAGUUAUUUUCAUCAACUAAUGAAGAAAACAACUCGAAUGAAACAAAUCAUUCAUCACCAAUCACAACAGAUAACGAACAAGGUAUAGCAAAUAUAUAUGAUAAUAAAUAUCCUAAUAAUAAUAAUAAUAAUCAUGGUGAUGAAAAAAGUAUUACUAUUGAUGAACUUAUGCAGAAUCUCAAUAAAAAACAGAGACGUACUUUAAAUAGAGCAUAUGAACGGCAAGGCAAUAUAGUCAAUGAUAAAGUAAUAGAAGUCUAUGAAAAAUUAAAACCAACAUCCAAAGACAAAAAUGAAACAACUAAUGUUGACAUUCCAUUAAUUGAAUCUAUUUCAAUAGAAAUACAAGAAGAUACAAAUAAAAAUUCUUCCGAUGAUAAUCCAUCAGUAUUUACGUCACCCAUAAAAGAUGAACAAUUAUCAUCUAUUGAUAAUCCUUCUUCUGAUCUUUUUUAUGAUUUUCAAGCAGAAAACUUUCAUGCAGAACAGGGUGCUCCAUUCGUCUGUACAAUAUGCAAUAAUGUAGGUCAUUUAAAGUCUGAAUGUCCAGAGUUAAUUGUGCCAAAUAUGAUUGAUUUACCUGAAAGAAGUCAAGAAUGGAUUGAAAUACUUUCGUCAUUAUGUUAUUAUAUAACUGAACGAUGUAAACCAAAACAGAUUGAUAUAGAAAAUCGUGAAAGAAUUUUAAAACAAUUACAAAAACAAUUUGAAAAAGAUUAUCCAGAUUGUAAUUUAUAUGCAUUUGGAUCGUUUUAUAAUGGUUUUGGUUUUCGACAAAGUGAUCUUGAUGUUUGUAUUGUUUUUAAAGAUCAAAGAGAUGAAAAUCCCGAUGAAGUUAUUCAAAUAAUGAGAAAAAUACUUAAAUCAAUGAGAUCAAAUUCAGAUACAUUCGAAAGUGUUCAAGCAAUAUUGCAUGCUAAAGUACCAAUUAUUCGUUCAAGACAUCGACGAUUACAAAUUGAAAUCGAUAUUAGUUUCCAUAAUAUGCUUGCUAUUGAAAAUACACGUUUAUUAAAAGCAUAUGCCGAUAUUGAUCCACGUGUAUCUCAACUUGGUUAUAUGAUAAAACAUUUAGCAAAAACAUGUGACAUAGGUGAUGCAAGUCGUGGUACAUUAUCAAGUUAUGCAUAUAUAAUAAUGGUUAUCCAUUUUCUUCAACAAAUUCAACCACCCGUUUUACCUGUUCUUCAACAACUUAGUGGUAAUGCAACAAAGAAAAAUUCAUUGUAUAGAAAAUGUUCAAAAUGGAAUGUUUAUUUUUAUGAAGAUUUACUUACACUUAAUAAUUUAUGGAAAAAUGAAAAUAAAUUAUCAGUUGGUGAAUUAUGGAUAGAAUUUCUACGUUUUUAUACAGAAGAAUUUAAUUAUGAUGAACGUGUUGUAACUAUCCGACAAAUUGAACCAUUAUUAAAAUAUGAAAAAGGUUGGUUUAGACAAACAAUAGCUAUUGAAGAUCCAUUUGAAUUAAAUCAUAAUCUAGCCGGUGGUUUAUCUAUUAGAAAUUGGACAACUAUUCGUCGAGUACUUAUUCGUGCACGACAACAGUUCGGUUUACAGUCAAAAGAUGUUGAUAUUUCUAAGCCAGAUAUGCAACUUAUUCAAGUAAGAAUUUUAUUUUCAAAUUGA